GAAAGAUCUAAUUUUAAACUUGAUGUCAACAAACAAAACAGCGUGAGAGCAUUACUUCUGGAUAAUAAAAUAUACACUUUCAAAGAUGCUGGUGAAGAAAGUUGUUCUCGCCUCCAGACCAGGGGCUAACAAUAAGCCAGUUCCUGCUAACUUCCGCCUGGAAGAGACAAACCUCGCACUUGAUCUGCAAGAGGAGGAAGUCCUAGUGAGGACUCUUUAUCUCUCAGUGGACCCCUAUAUGAGAUGCAGGAUGAACGAAGACACCGGCGCUGAGUACCUGACUCCAUGGCAGCUGUGCCAGAGUGCAGACGGUGGAGGUGUGGGCGUGGUGGAGUCCAGCCCAGACGGUGGAGGUGUGGGCGUGGUGGAGUCCAGCCCAGACGGUGGAGGUGUGGGCGUGGUGGAGUCCAGCCCAGACGGUGGAGGUGUGGGCGUGGUGGAGUCCAGCCGACACAGCGCUUUCUGCCGGGGAGACGUGGUCACAUCCUUCAACUGGCCCUGGCAGAGCCAUGCUGCUGUGACAGGAAGUCUCCUACACAAGGUGGAUCCAUCGUUAGUGGACGGCCAUCUGUCCUACUUUUUGGGUGCGGUGGGCAUGACGGGCUUGACCGCGCUGUUGGGCAUGAGAGAGAAGGGUCACGUGACCCAAGGUGCCAAUCAAACACUGGUGGUCAGCGGAGCAGCGGGAGCUUGCGGCUCGAUAGCGGGGCAGGCGUCCUACGUCCAGAUCGGCCGCCUAGACGGGUGCAGCAGGGUGGUCGGGAUAUGCGGUUCUGAGGAAAAGUGCAAAACCCUAGUGGAAGUGUUAGCCUUUUCCGGUGCCAUCAACUACCGGCGACAAGACGUGGCCGCCGCUCUGCGAGAUCGCUGCCCCGAUGGCGUCGACGUUUAUUUCGACAACGUGGGAGGAAGCAUCAGCGACGCCGUCAUCGCUCAGAUGAACGACGGCGGCCACGUGGUCCUGUGCGGGCAGAUCUCGCAGUACAACAAGGACGUCCCCUACCCGCCGCCCCUGAGCCAGGAGACGCAGGACAACCUGUCCAGAAAGAAGAUCCUCAGAGAGAGAUUCAUGGUGCUCAACUACAUGAACAAAGCUGAGGCGGCCCUGGCCGAGCUGGGCCGCUUGGUCACCAGCGGACAAGUCAAGGUGCUGGAAACCAUGGAGUAUGGCAUUGAAAAUAUGGGAGUUGCAUUCUGCUCAAUGAUGGAAGGAGGAAACCUGGGCAAGCAGAUAAUUAAAAUAAGCGAUUAACGACACUCCGCAACAAUAUAUUGUAUAGAACAUUUUUAUUCCACAGCACUAUAAACCAUGAAAUGAAAAAAAUAACAAAAAACAAAUCUGUGGUUGCUCCCUUUUUCAGUAGUAAACACCAUCAGUGAUGUGUGUGGACAUAUUUAAAGAGUGGACAGUGUUCAUCAUUGACCAGUAGUGCUCAGUACUGCCCCCCUGUGGCGUGAUCAAGCAUCAUUAGGGAGGCUGUGCAGAAGAAUGCUGAGGCAGUCACUUGACAAUGUGUGAGUGUGAAUGUUGUCUAUCUGUGUCGGACACUUGUCCAGGGUGUGUCCCGCCUUCCGCCCGAAUUUAGCUGAACGACCCCCCGCAACCCCACAGGGGACAAGCCGUAGAAAAUGGAUGGACAGUCACUGAACAAUGUUGGCCUUACAAACAUUCUAACGUGAAUGCAA